CUACCCAUCGGGUAUACAUCAGUGCAAGUGAACAAUAUCAGCUGAAAGAGAAAUAAUUUUUUGUGUGUUGCAUGAGAGUCAAUGCAUUUUCUUGUGUGGCUGUGUUUUUGUUAGAUUAUUUUCACUAAAUUUAUUUCCGAUAAAUACUAGCAACACGGCAGUCAACGUUCGGUAACGUUUACAGAAACAGUUAGAAACAAGGGUUUUGGGCGCAAGUGACUGAAACAACAGCACAACCAUGAAUAAUCGCAGUCACCCCAAACAUUCCACCACAAAUGGAUACGGUGCCACGAAUGGCCAUUCAUCGAUGAACGGUCAUUCAUCAUCGAAUGGUUUUGGCAAUGGAACGGAUGCCAUUGAUCAGAUUGCUGUACCCGAAAUGUGUUUCUACUGUUUUGAAGUCCUUGAUGCUGAACUCCGGAAUGUCAAUGUACCGAAUCAACCGAAUUUCACAAACGAUUCAUAUCCUUUGUUUGUGACAUGGAAAAUUGGCCAAAGCAAGAAGCUCAGAGGAUGCAUUGGCACAUUCGCUGCAUUGAAGCUGCAUUCUGGCUUGCGUGAGUACGCAAUCACGAGUGCAUUCAACGAUUCUCGGUUCUCGCCAAUUAUACGUGAAGAGUUUCCAAGACUGACCGUGAGCGUAUCGAUACUGAUGGGUUUCGAAGAGGCUCGCGGAUACUUAGACUGGACCUUAGGUGUUCACGGAAUUCGAAUCGAAUUCCUCAACGAUCGAGGCUCUGUACGAACAGCAACUUUUUUGCCCAAAGUUGCUAGCGAACAAGGCUGGGAUCAAUUGCAAACGAUAGACUCGUUACUUCGUAAAGGUGGCUUCCGUGGUCAAAUAACACAAGAGACACGUCAGGCCAUUAAGCUGACACGUUACCGUUCGCAAGAAGUCGAAAUGAGUUACUCGGAAUACAGCGAACGAUUAAAUUCGUUGCCGCCCAACCAUUCGCAAUAUAAUAAGUACCACGGACGUUCACAGCAUUGCUAACGAUUUUUCGCAGCAUUGCUGAUAUCCACUUUGCUUCCGUCAAUGAUUUUUUUGGCUGUAAAAUUGGAUUGAAAUUAAUUGAAUAAGCAGCUUUGAGAGUUGAUGUGACAAAACACAACUUACUGCCGUGUCAAUCAUUAGAUUAAUUUAUUUUUAUAAGGUUUGCCGUUGAACUUACAACCAAAAUUUUGCUUUUUUUCAAAUUUUUUUUUUUUUUUUUUAAUUUUUGAAAACUUUUAGUUUUUUUGUUUGCUGUCGUAGGUUACGCUAAAAUUGAUACGACUAAUGGAACAUUUGUUAUUCAUUGGACAUUAGAGCCAAAAGACAUUAUACAAUCUACCGUUUUACCUUAGAAA